CGACUCCACAUGGAGGCGAAUUAAAGCACCGCCUCAGUCUUGCAGCAGUUGACUGCGACCCCCCUCGUGGUCGGGGCUGUAAAUAAAAGUCCGUCGAACAACUCGUUCUGCGGCUCCUGCGCUGGUGGCUGCUGUCUGUCCUUGGAGACAGUGAGACAUUUCCCCCUGCAGCUGCGGCAGCUUUAAAGCCUGCAGCCCCGCCCCUCGGCACUAUCACAUGAAUCUGAACUCAACACUGGAUGAGAAAAAAAAAAAGGAAAAAGUUUGGAGGUCUCUCGCCGAAGUUACUUUCCUCUCCGACUCGUUUCAUAACAUGCGCGUGUGUUCGUCCUCCGCUCCGAGAGACGUUCGGGUUCAACGCGUGUGUCGGAAAUCAGAGUUCGUCUGCGUGUUUUCUUCCCGGCUGUGAUUUAUCCAGCUUCUUUUUUUUUUUUUUUUCUUCUUUUUUUUUUUCUCCCUCUGCAGGAAUACAGAGAGAGACAGAGAGGGGAAAACGGUCCUGCUGCUUGAAGAUUUGUUUCGACACCAAAAAGAAAAACUUUUGGCGACAUGGACGCGCACCGCGGCGCGCCUCCGGCCGGGCAGCAGAUCGUGCACGUCCGCGGGGACUCGCAGACGGAGCUGGAGGCCCUGUUCAGCGCGGUGAUGAACCCCAGCAAGGCGGCGCGGCAGCCCUCCUCCCUGCCCAUGAGGAUGAGGAAGCUGCCGGACUCCUUCUUCAGGCAGCCGGACCCCCGGGGCCACUCCAGACAAGCCAGUUCGGAUGGAGGCGUGUGCGGAUCCCUCACUCCUCAUCAUGUCCGCGCCCAUUCCUCCCCUGCCUCCCUCCCAGUCAACUCCCUCUCCACUCAAGCCGCAGAUGUGGCAGCGACACCGAUCAUACCUGAUGACGUGCCACUCCCCCACGGUUGGGAAAUGGCCAAAACGCCUACUGGCCAACGAUACUUCCUAAAUCACCUGGAUAAGACAACCACUUGGCACGACCCUCGCCUGUCGCAGCUUCAGUCAGCUGUGGCUCAACAUCCCAUCUCUGGCACUCCGGUCCAUGCCCACUCCCUCAGCAACCCAGCACCCACUACGCAACCACAAAACAUCAAUCCAGACACAGGUCCACUGCCUGAAGGCUGGGAGCAGGCUGUGACUGCAGAUGGAGAGGUGUACUACAUCGAUCACAUAAAUAAGAACACCUCAUGGGUCGACCCGAGUCUAGCACAGAAGAUGAACCCUGGCAUCCUCGGCUUGGCAAUGCAGCAGAGGCAGGAAAAGGAAAGGCUCCGAUGCAAACAAGGCCUCCUUCAGCAAACCACACCGCAGGAGGCAGGAGGAAGGAACCAGAUGACCAGUGGGAUGGACCAUGACAGGAAUGCACAGACGCUUGUCCCGACUCUGGAUAUCAGGAUCAGAGGCUCCAACCACGAACCUACACUUAACGGCGCUCACUCUCGCAAUGAGAGCACUGACAGUGGUCUGAGUGUCAGCAGCUUACCCCGCACAUCCGACCACAUGUUGAGCUCUGUGGAUCACAUGGACACUGGCGAGGAGAACUCCUCGAUGGCAUUACAGGAGUCGAUGCCCGUGCUCCCGAUGUCCGAGGGCGAGGAGCUAAUGCCAUGCAUCCCCGAGGGUCUCAGUUCAGACCUUCUGAUGGACAUGGAGACCGUUCUCUCUGGAUCGCAUAUGGACAGGGACAGCCUGCUCACCUGGCUAUAGACACGCCCUGCCACCGCCUACGUAUGGUUUGACAGCAGAUUUUCACACCAUGACUGAGAAUUUUGGAGGAUCCUUUUUUUUGCUUCAGAAGUGGUACAGAACAACAUUACUGAGAGAAUACGCUUGUGUGAUGGAUACCUAACCCUACUCACACCCAGAGGAAUAUAAAAACCCGACUUUCACAAUAGGUGUUUAGCUGCUGGUAUUUUCCUGAUUUUACAGAGGUUCAUGACGGAGCAUCUGAAUUUUUAUGACAUUCAUUUUAUUUCAAGUCAUCGGCCUCAGUUGACGCUCCCCACGGUAAAGUACAUCAGAGCUAAUUUUAGAGUGCAGAUUAUUUUUUAUUAUCCCCACUUGGGUAAAACUGUUUCCAGCAAACUUUUAAAAACACAGUCAAGUAAAAAAAAAAGAAAAAAAAAGGUCUGCAUGCAAGAGUUACAGAAAUGCAAAGAAGAGAUAUUUAUUGAAGUGUAACAAAAAAAAAUACCAUAUCCACAUUUAUCUCUGUUACUUUUAUGAAGCCUUUUGGGCAAAAGACCCAACAUCUACCGCAGUGCCACUACCUCUAAUAAGCCUUUGAUUUGUGAUUUUAAUGCACAUGCUCACAGUCGUCCGAAAAACAUGCUCUCGAGAAGCAUCGGGACUGAGCGCAAAAGAUGAAUCAUGAAGAGAGGGGAAGAAAUUAUGACUACACAAUAUAACACUACAUUGUUUCCACAAAACCAUAAAUCUCCGCACAAAAAAAUCACUCCAUUGCCCCACAGACACAUCAGGAGGAAGAGGACGCGCCCUUGUGGUGAGCCAGUAGAAGAUCAACGUCUCAGUUAAUAUGCUCACGAGCCAAAAGAAAAGUAUUAAAUGAAUGACUUUAUUUAAAAGUCAUUCUUAAGUCCGUAAGCAUUGCCUUGAGUCGCAGUAAAAGCCUCGUUCCUCACUAAUCAAGGCCGGUCAAAAGCACUUGGGAGAAAUAAAGGCUGGUCACCGUGUAGAGGAGGCUUAACUCAACACUAAAACUAACACGAUGAAGUGUAUUUGUUGGACCUCUUCUGAAAUACAGCACCACUCGAAUGUAUAGUUGUUGUGUACUCUAAAUGAACAUGUAGUCAGUAUAAUGCAAUCCAACACAAUGCAGGGUUUCCACCAGGAAACUGUAAUCCUGACACAUCUGGUCUUGUGAUCAAUUUAGUUGGUAGAUGAAGGCUUCAACAGUAGUCACACUCAUCAGAAACAGUAUAUGGCUGUGUGAGAUAACAUCUCUGAUAUUUUUACCCUCAGGUUAGUUUUCCUAUAUGAAAUGUUUUUAUGAUCUCUUGGAAAUCCUGCAACAGAUGUUGUUGUAUUCGAUUGCAUUUUACUGUCAAGUGUUCCGGUCAUUUUGCCCAGUCCAUCAUUGAAUAUAAGCUUCUCAAAGGUAGUAUUUAUUGGAGAAUUGUUUUAUUGGAUUGCAUGAUAUUGUACAGUUGUAAUAUUAUCAUUAUUAUUAUUAUCAUCAUGUCCACCCCUUUUUAAAGAACUUAUGCCCAAAAAAUGCCAGUCAGGCCUUAUGUUUCAUUAAGUGAAAAAUGUUCUUUGAGUCAGCCAGCACCCCGUCAACUUUGAGAUUUUUCCACUAUUUGUUUGAUACAUUCAUGACAAUUUUCCUUUUUCACAUAAAUAAAAAAACAUCUCACAGAGAAAGACAAAAUAAGUAACAUUCUCAGAAAUGUUUUUUGUUUUGUUUUAGCUUAUUAUCUAAAACUGCUUUAUAACCUAUAAAUCAUCUACACAUGAAGUUAAGAGCCUUUCCUGCAUUACCAAACAAUGUCGAUGUAACACUAACAUACGAUGCAGUUUUUAUGCUCACUGUCUAAAUGAAUUGUUUCUUACUUUGAGGACACAUCUUUUUUAAAGCCCAUCAAAAUCUAGACAUAUCAUACAUCUCAUCUCCAGUACACAGGUUUUUUUUUCUCUAAGUUGUUUUCCACUUGUUUUCAGCUAUUUUCGGUUUCCUCAUUUAUAAUAAUUUCAGGUGAAAAUCACCAUAAAUGUCAUGUAUACAAAACCACAUUGUCAUCAUCAUCCUAUUCUUCAAAAAAACCUUCCUGGGCUCAAGUUUUCCUCCUUUUUGAAGAGCUGUUUUGUUAGUGGGAACGAGGAGAAUAUAUUAAAAAUGGGCUUCUGGGCAAUUUGUAGAGUCGUAGCAUGAGUCAAGAACCCCGCUGUGACUCCUCAGAAAUACAACGUACUAAUCACAGAUGCUGUGUUCUUGGUGUAUGUUGUUCUAACUACCAGUGCUAUCUGGUGCUGUAAUACGGAAGGCAAUCAUCAGUAUGGGGAGCUCUUUGACUCCACUUUUAGUUAAAAUAUAUAAUACGUGUAUAAUCUGUUUUUAUCAGCCGGUUGUUGUUUUUUUCUUCUGCAGUGUGUUUAUAUUUUAUCUGAAUUUGAAGCUAUUUUAUUUUUGGUGAGAGAAUUUUCUUCGAACCAGCUUACUUUUUAUAUAUAUACAGUAUAUAGAGGUAAAGACUUAAUUCACAACAUCCACAGAUAAAGAGCCAAGCCACCUUUUUGUAAUCUUUUCUAAAUUAAAAUCCCGUGGGCUCAUACACAUAAUGCAACACACUACCUAGCCUAUUAUUUAUCUUAGCAUGCAUGACACCCGCUAUGUAUGUUACAUAUAAUGAUUAUUAUCCUAUUUACAGAAAGUUUGGAGGCAAUCAAACUUGUUUUGUACCUUUUUAUGCAUGUGCUUUAUAUAAAUAUAUUUCUUCUUACUCACUGUAAUCAUUUUAAAGGAUUUUCUGUUUAAUAAACCUUUAAAUACA